AUGAGAUUUGCUGAUCUGCUUCCAUUCAGCAAGUACAAGAUUCAAACUGCGCCGAAAGGUGCCAGUGCUGAGGAAUCGCCAAAGGGUCUCACGCUCGAAUCAAAGAGUGUGUCGAAGUUCCAAACAUUGCGUCUUCGAGGAGGGGGGUGCUGUAUGAGUGAUCCUAGUGCCCCACCGGAAUGGGGAAGACGACGUCGGCGACGGCGAGGUGGAGCUGGGUUUCCCGGAAUGUAUACUGCUGGCGGAUUCGCGGGAAAUGGAGCAUGGGGCGCCGGGGGAGGUGGUGCAUGCGGUGGUGGUGGAGGUGGGGGCGGAUGCGGAGGUGGCGGAGGAGGUGGCGGGGGAGGAUGUGGUGGUGGUGGUGGCGGCGGCGGUGGAGGAGGGGGAGGGGGAGGAGGUUGUUGA